CAGGUAUACAGAAUAGCGAGUUGGCCACAUUUCAGGCCGUACUUCAGAGAGUCGGAAUAGCGAGAGUCUACUGUACCUUUAUUACUACUGUACCACUACCACGAUGUUGUGAUGGUUGUAUCUGUAUACCUGUGUGUGUACAUGACCACCAUGCAAUCUAUUACCCAGUCUGCUGUGCAAGAGAGACUUGUGAUGGAGGAAGAGCUCAAGAAGGCACUGGAUCGCUGUGAGGAGUUGAAGCAGAGCAGUGUGCCUGCAGUGGAUGGGGUGGACAUAUUCGAGUGCUACAAAGUAACGGGCGAAGGAAGAGUACUUGAAACAGAUAUUCUGUCACGUACCUCUAAGGGAAGCUCAGAAUUCUGGAGAAUUGGACAAACAGCUGUGAUAAGUCAGCGCUACCAAAGCAGCUGUCCAGACGGAGGACCAUGUGUCCGAGUCUGCUCUCACGUGACACUGCGUCCCACCAGCCCUGGUCUGAGGCUCCUCCCCCCACAACCUCCUCUCUCACUUUAGCCCCACUCAAAUCUUCGACCAUGUCCGUAUUUGUUGCUCUAAGAUCAUGUGACAAGUCCUAAGUACACCAGGUUUAUGAAGUUCCUGCAUGAUCAGGAGGUGAGAGGGAAUGUUUAGCUGUUGCUUUAUUUAGCUUUUGUGUACAUGUAUGUGUUUAGUUUCCUGUCAUAAACACUGUUUGUACAUGUACGUGUUCUAUGCAAAAGUGCUUAGUGACUCUGUCGCCUUUGUAAAACUUAAUUAUUGUAGUCUGUGAGUAGACUAAUAGUGGCUGUAUUAUAGACUAUGAUGUGCGUGACCACAAUAGACUGCAUGGUUUCACUGCAUUACUAGUGUUUAAGCUUCCAUAUACUUCCCCUUUAUUAUGCAGCCCCAUGUUGACUACCUCCCUGGUCAAGUAUUUGAGGGCGGUGGCUGACACCUGUCACGCAUCAGUGCUGGAGACGACGUUCCCAGGGCAACUGUUUGCCUCCCUCGUUCAAUUGCUCCUCAUACGAGAGCCCAGCACACAGCUGGAUGUGGCCUUACUCUGGCAUCGUCUCGUAGAUCACCAUGCCAACAAAGACAAGAUUCCUCUCAACACGUGCGUGGAUGUGUGUGUGUGCACCUUGCUAUGUUCUGUGUGCAUUUGAGGCGUACUAGAUUUUAUUUGUCAGUUACACAGGUCCAUAUGAGCUUUUGUCUUAGCUUUCACUAUGUGUACAAUCAUGUGCAGUGCUUACAGCUACAUGUACAUGUACGUGUAUUUAUACCCUCCCCUAACCAAAAGUGUACCUAAAAACCAGUAAAUCAUGAAUUAUAGCCACUGUGAACAUAUGUAAAGGGAUGGUCAGGAUACCUAAACCAUUGAACAAUUAUGUGAUGAAGUCUAGAACCUUAGCUGUACAAGAUUACUGUUUUAUUACUCUAACCGAUCUAUCGAUAUAAUUAUAUAGGACAACGCAGUUUAAUUAAACUUUCGUAUUAAGCUUUGUUGUUUAGCCCUUACAACGAGUAUUGUCGGUGGAGGACAACUUCUCUAUCUGCUCUCUAUACGAGAUAGUUGAUGGGCCCGAAUAUUGAUGCUGCUCUAUAAUAGCACAACAAGAACUCAUUUGCAUUAUUAUAGUCUAGCAAACUAAAUUGUGCGUAAAAACGACUAUAAUGAGAAGUUCAUUAGGAAGAGUAUGCAACUCCCACUAACCGUAGUAAGCAUUCUGUCUAACCUACAUCACAACCACAUAGCUGUUGUAUAAACUGUUAAAAUUAAUCUGCGAUGAAUGGAUGAAUAAACAUGAAUGGAUGAAUAACCGUUAGUGAUGAUUAGAUUAGUUAGAUAGCUUUGAGUAGCUAGUUUUAGAUAGCUAGUGCAACUGAAUAAUUGCACACUGUUCUAUUAAACUUAUCUAGCUCGCAUGCAGCUGCAUGCGCUUGUUUUUUUUUGGGAGAGGGGGAGAGGGGGGUGGAACAACCUUACUUUGUUCAUGCUAUGAAUGGAUGAAUAAAAACGUUAGUGAUAAUUACCACUAAUUGCUUUUUCUUAUCAGCAUUGUUAUUGUUAUUGUUGUAUCUCAAGUGGCUGUGGUUACAUGCAAUAGUGAGUUUGCCUCCUGUGUACAGUCUAUUGGAGUAGCGUACUCUUCCUCUUGGUCCUAUCUGUGUUAUAUGACUCUUUCUGUAGCUACAAUUCUUUGCUUUUGGCACAUUAUGCACUCGGCAUUUGUCAUGGAUCACAGCAAAGGCUUUUCUUAUUUCGCCCCAUAAUAAUUAUAAGCAAUGCUGUGAAUAACCCCACCUCCUGUCAACAGACUAGUGAAUGCUAUCAGUGGAGGGGGGGGUGGACAACCUUACUUUGUUCAUGCUCUGAAUGGAUGAAUAAACGUUAUUGAUGUCUUAUUUCGCCCCAUAAUAUCAUUGCAAUGCUGUGAAUAACCCCACCUCCUGUCAACAGACUAGUGAAUGCUAUCAGUGGAGGGGGGGGGGUGGAACAACCUUACUUUGUUCAUGCUCUGAAUGGAUGAAUAAACGUUAGUGAUGUCUUAUUUCGCCCCAUAAUAACAUUGCAAUGCUGUGAAUAACCCCACCUCCUGUCAACAGACUAGUGAAUGCUAUCAGUGGAGGGGGGGAUAUAGAUGUACUAUUUGCUAGGUAUUACUUUUUUGCUAGUGAGCUGCAUUUCAGAGCAUUUAGCAAUUGAUCAUGUAUAUACUGUAUGAUCUAUGCUCUGAAUAGCCGAUCUGAUGGUGU